AUGAGACAUCGAGUCUACACGCUUCUGAUAUUUUUUCUUUCCGUUGACAGUAUCGCGGGUCAAGGUAUACAAUUCACAAUCCGGGUUUUUCAAAAUUUCUCAUGUCGAUACACCCCAUGCAAAAAAACAAAUUAUUGGUUCUCGUUUGCGAAUGCUUUAAAAAAAGCAAAAAGAAUGGGUUCUCAGGCAGCUACGAAGUUUAAUUUCCUAAAUUUUCAAGAGUUGAAAACUAAAUUUUAAAAAAAUUUGCGAUUUUUUUGCAGAAGGUAAAAAUCAAAGCAACCAUAAUCCCUAUACUGUCUUGCGUUUUAAAAGGGGUUUAACUGAAAGAAAAACUUUAAAACUCUUACAGGAGUAGAUCAGAAGGAAUGUGACGCCACGAUUCUCUCUCAACUGAUAAAGAUUCCGGUUGUGACGAUGAUAGUCGAGGAUCGCUGUGAGCUGCACGUCUUCAGAAAUAUCAGUGCAGACUUGAACUCGACAAUCGUCUCAACAAAGAAUCCUUGUCCUUCGCAGCGUUGGACGGUCGGCUUCGGACCAGACACGCCUGAAUCUGAAAUUUCGAAUACGAUAUUUGUCAGCGCAAUACAAACAUCCGACGUCCUUCAAUUGACGGACGUCGGGCAUGUCUAUCUGUGAGUUCUUCCAAGAAAGUUCUGAUCCGUGAUUAAUGCGCCUUUUUUCUUUUUUUGUCGAGCUUUCCAAGUUUGCUUUAAGGAUCGAUUUUGACGAUUUGCUUAUCACGUUUAUUAAUGCUGCUUGGAGGCGUGGCACAUAAAAAAUUAUGACCCUGGGAUCCGAUUUUAGAAGCUUGAAAACUUGAAACACGUGAAAAUUGCAUAAAGGAAAGUCCUUUAAUUAGACGAAUAUUCAAAAAGGUUCAUAGGCAAAGUCGGAAAAGGUGGAAAACGCCUCUAUAGGAAUUAUCCUUUUGAGGUGACAAAGGUAGGGGGCGCAAAGCACCGCCCCUUCACGCCACCAAAAUGACGAUUUUUUUGUUGCAAAAACGGUUUUGAGGCGUUUAUACUAGCUAAAGUCCCACUUUAAAAAUUAACUGUUUCUGUUAAACCAUGUAUUCGACAACGCUCUACAAGGCUGAAUAUUUUUAAAACUAUGUAUUUUUCAAAAAUAAGCGAAAAAGUAAGAUUUAACACGAAAAAAACUGACAAGUUUCACAAAAUCGUCGUGUUUCAGAAAACCAAGUGAGGAACGCUUCUAAAUUUUAAGUAUGUUAUACAUUAACACUUUCUUUAUUUUUUGAGUGAAAAUGAAAAAAAUCUACCGACGCGAAAAAAAUAUUAAAGCUUGUAAAGUGACACCAAACUUUGAAGCUGAAAUGCGAAAAAAUUUCAGCGACAUGGUAUACUUUUUUACUUGAUUUAAAAACUAAAAGUGUGUCCAAAAAAAUAAAAAAAUUCAAAAAUGAAAAUAAUUAUUGGGACAGCGAAUCAAGUUAUAUUUGAGUUUUACCAAAACCUCCAUUUUUUUCGCCUGCCUCGUUGACGCAUGAGAGAAUAGGAUCGCGUCUAUACUUUUUGAUUAUAUUAUUAAGCGUUCAAAACUCUAUCAAUGAAAAAAUUAUGAAAAAAAUCGAUCGACGCGAAAAAAAUAACGGCUUUGAAAACCUCGAAAAAAUGGCAAUUUUUUUUUGAAAUUUCGGAAGAAUUCGUGCAAGUGUCCGUAGCAGUGUUUGCGUCAAACACACCGAUGCGCCCUUUUAAAUGUCGCAGGAGCCGUUUUUUUCGGAGUCAAAUUGCACUUUUUUUCCUGUUUUAUUUCGAAAUAACAUAAUUUUUUUCAUUUUUUUCUUUUUUUCCAAAUCGAAUGAUAAUAAUUUUUUUCUGAGUAGAAAAAAAGAAAAAAAUAAGCUGAAAAAAAUCCCUUUGACCUUUUUUUCUAGGUAGUUUUUUGAUAUUUUAUCAAAAAAAUUCCUAUGAGGAUUGUACAAAAGAUUCAUACCAAAACAUGAGGCUCAGUUCGGACAAUCUUUCAGAGCAGAAAACCGAUUCGAAAACGGUCCAGAAACGCGCAAAAACAUUUAAAAAGAAAGCGUGCGGCAGCGGGUAAACCGUCAGAUUUUGCCUCCAGUUGAACGCCGCGCGCGCUCGUUUUUUGGCCAUAACUUUUUUCUUAGUGGAGCUUUUUUCUAAAACUAAACGAAUUAUGAAAAUGGACAGUCUCCUCUAUCGAACAAUGUAAAGAACAUAUUUUUUGAAUCGUUCUGAAGAAAUGGCUUGCGGACCCUAGACAAAGGCUACUUUUUUUCAACCUUUUUGCGCCAUUUCAUCGACUCUUGUGCACCUUUUUGCUGUCUCUCCCUUUUUCCACCAAGUUUUUAAAAUUAUAGAAAAAUGGGAGGCUCGAUAAAAAGAUUACUUUUGCUGCCUUUUUGCUACUUCUUUUAAUCCUCUCCCUUUUUGCGGCCAUUAUCCACCAUUCCGACUUUGCCCGCGUUUAAGAGAGCUUCAUGGCUAACUUGAAAGGAUUUUGAAAUUUUUCACUUAUCUUUAAACUUUUCAUUUUCUAGUGGCGAGAGAGAAACAUGAAAACCCUGAAUAAAGUGAAAAGAGUUGAAUAAUUAAACCUCAGCUGCACAAUCGGGAAAUGGUUUUUUUUUAGGAAUGAUUUAUGGAAGAGAGAGCAGAAAAUAGAAGUGCCUGUUGAUUCAUUUUUUGCACAUCGGAUGAUUUUUGCAGAGUGGAAAGCUUAGAAAGCGGCGUUCAAAAACUCAAAGUCACCGACGAGACGGAUAUUUUCGAUCAACUAGAAGUUUUUGGAAAGAAGCAAAAACACCCUCCUUGUCACUACAACUACCAUGAUGUAAACCUUUUGGACAAGCAUAAUUUUGAUGAGAAAUCACAUUUAUGACACCAAUACAACGUUCAAAUACCAAGUUCCAGUUGAGAAUGACGUGCUACAUAUUUUUCGAGGACUACAUCAAAGAAGUCAAAAUGAGUUCCGAUUCACUCGUGAGUACCCUGUAAGUUUUUUCGUGGAAUUUCCUAAUCGAUUUUAUCUGAGACUUAUGUGCAAAAAAAUUAUGCGUAGUCAUCGGACAAAACGAAAAUCGUUCCGAAAAGCAAGAAAGUUGCUUCAGAACAAAUAUUAGUAUUGUUUUAGAGUUUUUUAGAGACUUUGGUGCGCCGAUGAACACGCUUUUGCGCUUUGAAACAUGUACCUUUUCUCAGAUAAACACGUCCUUAGUUUCUUCGACUAACAUGACGACUAUCUUGGUCAACUUCACUCUAUCGGCCUAGGCCGUUGAUUGGCUAGACACGCCUGUUUUUUUAAUCUAACUUUCUCCGAUUAUAGCGCACUUGAGAAGCUCGAAUCGACAAAAUAUUAUUUUUCUUUAUAGGGAGAAAAACAUCCAUCGACCCCCCUACUUGGUUCACAACGCUUCUUACUCUUACAUGCACGGCGAAAACGAUAUGAUACUGGUAUAAAGUGUUCACAAUACUUCAGAAAAGAAAUUCUGAAAAGGUCUCUAACGGAUACAUUUAUUAUUUUUUUUCUUCGAAGCUUUUAGGCCGAGAUCAUUUUGAGAUAGGAUAAAAAAAAACCAAAUAGAACCAUAAAAAAACUCCGUUUUUCGCGACUUGAAACUGCUCUUUCUCUCCGCGACCCUCUCAUUCUUCCGUUGUAUUUUCAUGUUUCUCCGACCUCGUCGGUGGAGAGAACAGAGAGAUGCAGACACUCGAGAAGUGUCAAGUCGCGGCGAACGGGUUAUAUACCAAUUUUGAAACUUUUAAAGCAACGCGUGAACUUUUUUUCCUUGCAGCUUUACCAUCCCCUUCGAUGGUUCUACCGAUUAAACAUGACAGAGAUGCGGGUGAACAAUCAUUCACGUGUCAUGGCCUUUCAUCCCAACUUUGUACGUGAUCACAUUAUUCUAAACUGAAUUUAAAAAAAAACAACUUCCAGGAGGCCGGGUUGUCAUUUUUGUAUUUUCACCAUGCCGAUGAAAAAGGAGUUGUCUCACUGAUGAAAAAUUCAACGGGAGUCUUUCGGACCUACUACUCUAUGUUCAAAAACGUUUUUUUUUUCUGUAAUUCCUAUUAUUGAACAAAUUUGACAAGUCUUAGCCUAUGUUUAGUGAGAAGCUUCUAGCUGAUUCGAAUUGUCAAAGAUGAUUUUCCAAAAAAAGAACGAAAAACACAAUUUUUUUUUUAUUUCCAAAAAAAAACUCAGUUCAUACUUCAGGUCUCUGGAAUGUCGACGAAAUGUCUAUACGAGGGUUUCGAUCAACCAGUAGCCGUUUUCGACAUCAGUCAGGCCGAAGAAGUGCCAAAUUGUUUAAUUUCUAUAGAAUAAGGCACUUGAAAUAACUUAUUUUUUCAGUGCCGAACCCCCAAAAGCUGAUGGGAGAGCCAUAUGGUUUGUUGCUUCAAAAGUUCUCUAUUCAUCACUACAAAACUUUCCGAAGAUUUUACAAUCACUAUACACUGCGACCCAUAAUUAUAGACCCACCCUAAUUUCUCCGAUUUUAAGAAAGAUUGAAAAACUUUGAGCCACCAAACUUUUUUUGUGAUAAACCUUGUUGAUAAGGAACAUAAUCAUAUCAUAAUUAUCAAUCACCCAGUUGAAAAGUUUUUCAAGAUACGAGAAAAUCUGAUUUUUGACCGACCCAGAAUUAUAGACCCACCCCAGAGUUUUUCCGAGUUUUCGUUUCAGGUCACACGUUUUUUUCCUGUUUUUUUCAGUGGUAUAUAAGAGAAAAAAAGUCCUCGUGUAUCACUAUAAGCCAUAAUGCCUAAAUCUACUCAACUUGAUAAUACCGAAAAAGCGGUAAUCGAUGCUCUACUCAACAACGGCUUGUCCCAUCGGGAAAUCGCUCGUCAGACGAGUCGCUCAAGACGAACUAUUGACCUUUAUGCAAGGAAUCCGCAAGAAUACGGCACAGCAAUACAUUCUGGACGGCACAGGCUGCUAUCGGUUCAAGCUGAACGAGACGUCUGUCGAAAAGCAUCAAACUCUACGAAGUCCGCCAACCAAAUCAGAUCCGAAAGUCCUGAAAACGUCUCGAAGAACACCAUCUUACGAACAAUUCAUCGGUCCGGUCGACUUGUGAAUACUCCAAUGAAGGCAGCACCUCGUCUACAGCAACGCCAUAAGAAUGAACGGCUCCAGUUUGCACGCUCUAACAUGGCCACGGAUUGGAAUAAGGUAUCAAUGUUUUCUAUCACCUUAUGAUUCCCAAUUUUUCUGUUCAGAUCAUCUUCAGCGACGAGAAGAAAUUCAACCUUGAUGGGCCAGAUGGGUACGCUCACUACUGGAGAGAUUUGAGGAAAGAUCCGAUGUACUUCUCCAAGAGAAACUUCGGCGGCGGCAGCCUCAUGGUCUGGGCGGCUUUCUGUGGCAACGGGACGGUAGCUCUUUCUUUUAUUGGGACCAGAACGAAUUCGCAAGACUACCAGCAACUGCUUGCCCAGCAUCUCCUGCCCUAUCUCCGUCGCCGACGACGUGCUAAUAUGAUUUACCAACAAGACAAUGCAUCUGUUCACGCUAGCAACUCCACAUUGGCUUGGUUUGCGGCCAAGAACGUGGUUCUUCUGGACUGGUCCGCGUGCAGUCCUGACCUCAACCCUGUAGAGAAUUCAUGGUCAGUCCUUGUACGAAGGGUCUACGCGAAUGCCAAGCAGUAUACAACGGUCAACGAUCUGAAAAAGAGCGAUUCGUGCCGAGUGGGAUGGUUUGGACAAGUCACUGCUGCAAUCACUCGUUGGCAGCAUGCCGAACAGGAUUUUUCGAAGUCGCUCAGAAACAAGGAGGCAUCACACAUUAUUAAUUAAUCUUUUGUUAUACUUUGUUGACUUUGUGAAAUGAAUUUUGUUGAUUACUUAUAGUGGGUCUAUAAUUCUGGGUCGGUUAAAAAUCAGAUUUUCUCGUAUCUUGAAAAACUUUUCAACUGGGUGAUUGAUAAUUAUAUUAUGAUUAUGUUCCUUAUCCACAAGGUUUAUCACAAAAAAAGUUUGGUGGCUGAAAGUUUUUCAAUCUUUCUUAAAAUCGGAGAAAUUAGGGUGGGUCUAUAAUUAUGGGUCGCAGUGUAUAAUUUUGAUUGAUGAGAAAAUUGCAAUUUUCGUGCCUUAAAAAAAUGUUCAUCGAGAGAACACCGCAGGCAAAAUCCAAACUACCGCAAAAAGGCCUUCAGAAGAAAAAGCUAAAGCUCCUUUUUGAGUUCCUGAGAAGCUGUCUAAAGUUUUUCGGAAUUUCCUUUUUUCACCUUUUCAGGAAAGGUCAACAAAAAUGGGCUCAUUUGAGGCUUUUUCUUUCAAAAAAAAUCCAAACUACCGCAAAAAGGCCUUCAGAAGAAAAAGCUAAAGCUCCUUUUUGAGUUCCUGAGAAGCUGUCUAAAGUUUUUCGGAAUUUCCUUUUUUCACCUUUUCAGGAAAGGUCAACAAAAAUGGGCUCAUUUGAGGCUUUUUCUUUCAAAAAAAAUCCAAACUACCGCAAAAAGGCCUUCAGAAGAAAAAGCUAAAGCUCCUUUUUGAGUUCCUGAGAAGCUGUCUAAAGUUUUUCGGAAUUUCCUUUUUUCACCUUUUCAGGAAAGGUCAACAAAAAUGGGCUCAUUUGAGGCUUUUUCUUUCAAAAGUUCUUUUUAAGACCUUUUAGACCGGGACUAUUCGAUGCGGUACGAUUCAAAAAUAUAAAAACUUCGCAAACGCUUUUUUCAAAUCUUACUUGAGUGAGCUGAUGUGAGUGGGCUAUAAACCCUAUAGAAGCUUGAGUAAAUUUUGAAAAGUUUCAUUAUGGGGAAAAAAACUUCGAUUUUCUUGAAGAUGCAUCCGAAGACAGCACGAGCGUGUGCUUCUGGAUUUUUUUCGUUGUCGUCGUUUUCAUUAUGACGUUUAUUGCGCUUGGACUCUUACCGGAUGAACGCGACAGUUUGGUCGUUUAUGUGGUUCGUUUAUAAAUCUUCAAACCGUUUUGUUUCAGUUUCUUUGACCAGUUUUGGAGCCAAAUAAUCCCUCUAUUUUUUAACAAGCUUGCAGUUAACUGAUAAUUGGUUGAACGAAAAUUAGCCGAAAAAUUGUCUACUUAUAGAAAAGUUUCGAAAACGAGAUCAUCAGACUGACACCGAUUCUCCAGUAUGUGGUGAUGGCGGCUACUAAAUCAAAGGUCUCAUAUAUCAGUUUUUUCCACAUAUUCAUUUCAUCUUGUUUACAGAAAGAUCAUCACGUUACUAAGAAAAAGGCUCCAGUUGAUGUAGCUCCUGUUCAGAAACUUUACAGUCUUCCCGAAUAGUAGGUUUUUCUUAUUCAAACAUUGAUUAAUUGGACGGAGAUAAUAUGAAAGAAAGUUUUUAAUUUCAUGGAGUUUUUAAGUUUUACAAAAAAAUUAAAGAAACAGCUUCGACUACGAAGAAAAGAAAUUCCGGCUUCUUUAAAACUCUUUCAAGAAUGCUGAAUUUUUUUCAAAAAAACUAAAUUUUUUUAUCAAUUUUUUUAUUUCUCUGUAACAAUAAGCCAUGUAAAAGACGCCGAAAAUUUCCUAAAGGCUUAUUUUUCAAAAACUCCUUUCAUUUCAAAUUGCUUGCAAUCCCUGAAAACAAAACUAACUUUCUGAUUUUCAACUCGCAAACUUUUCCUGAGAUGAAGUUGUAUUUCAUUAAAUUUCGCACUUUUAAACCAAUAAAUGGACAUGUUUUAAAAAAAACUAGCCAUCGAGAAAAUUACAGCACGGGCAGAGAUCUGGACGUCUUUCCUUGGAUGAGCAGACGGAAGCCGAAGAGAAGACCACAGAACCGGACGCCAUCGCCUUAA